AUGAUGAAAGGACUUAAUUCGGAUCUAGAGGUGGAACUGGUUGAUUUUGAUGAGUUAUUUCAAGAGAACGAGACUUACAAUUCAGAUCCAAAUGAGACUGAUGAUGAUGAGGAAGAAGAUGUUAAACUUAAAGUAGACAUUAGAUCUCCUCAGAGGCUUAUGAGUUCCUUGAAAGAUGAUAUACGAUCGUAUUCCAGAAUUCCUCAAUUGAAUGCUCCACUGUUGGUGCCUCAACGAACAAAUUGUAUCACAGAUGAGCUUUUCCAAAUUACAAAGAAGAAAUCUAAGUUAGACCAAGACAAUGGCAUACUUCAAGGAAGGAAGUUGAACAAUUCAAUUAUGGUGAACGUUGUACAAGCAAUAAAUGGACAACGUGCUGAGUCAUUACAGGGAGCUGACUGGGAGCUAGACGAUCAAUUACGUUCCCGAUUCUAUAAAGGUAGACCAACUCCCUCAGUUACUACCAAAAGCGAUAGAGAUUUGGAAAGAACUCUUGAUAAUUUUUUGGUAGAUUCUGAUCCAAUCAAUUUCGAAAAGGAGAACAUUGUCCCAUUAACGAAAAAGAAGGUUAAUAGACGAGAAGAUGAUAAUAAAGAGAACUUCAAUUCAGGUACUAGAAAGGGAAAUUUUACCCCACUCAAACAAGGCAGAAAUGAUAAUAAUUCUAUCAAACUCGAUUCAAACAAAUCUAUCCCGGUUCUCAGACCGUUAACAAACAAUCGUCAAAGAAAUGGAAAUCCAUUUGAUGGUUUCAUGAUUAUGAGUAAACAAUUCAGCAAGGCUCGAUCACUUAUUAAUUCUGAACAAGUUAUUGGUGGAGCUCGAUUUGAGCCUCGUCAUAGGCAAAUCAAGCAUCCAUUGAAGCCCAUUUUAAAGCAUAAACAAUUAGAGAAUCAACUAACGUUUAUUGUGGAUUCACUGACAGGAUCUGUUCAUGAUGCUACUCAAUUUGGUACCGAAUUAAACUCAGUUAAUUGCAACGGAUUCCCACUUCCUGAAACAACUAAUGAGAUUGUACAGAUUCCCACCUCUGAAGGUAAACCGGAAGAACAAAAGGUUGCAUUUAUCAAGGCAUUUAAAAUUGUGCCCAUGAUACAACAGGAAACAGAUACGAAUAUGACAAAGAACAAUAGCACAUUGACGGAGCUGAAUGCUUUGGGGUAUUAUAGUUAUAACAAGUAUUUGGAGUCGAGAGAACAAGAUAACAAGAUAACAGGGAAUGGAGUUGAAAUACAAACACAGCUUCCAACAAUACGCAAACGCAGAGGUAGGUUUCACAAUGAAGAUGAAGACGAAUCUUUAAUGCUAUCGUCCAGUUCUCUGGAACGAAGUAGUAGUCCUGUUCAAAUAGAUAGAGAAGCCUCAUCUCCAUUAAAGAAACGGAAAGUCCAAUGGUCCACUAACCUUGAGUGCAUCUUCAUAACCGACUCACUGACAUCAAAAGAUUUGAACAUGGCUACAUUUUUCGAUGAGAUGAAGGUGUCUUUUGUGGACGUCAGCGUUUCUGACGACAAGAUCGAUACUUCUACAUUUUUGGAGGCUUCUGAGUCACUUGUUAAGUUGUUUGACCUUUUGGGUUCAACAGCUUUUAAGCUUGUUGUUGAUGAUAUGACUGGUAAUAUCGAAAAGGUUAGAAAGAAGUUGUUGGCGGAUCCAGUGAACGCUGCCACUUUGCAAAGUUUAAUUCUUUCUGAGGCUGGAACCAAGGAUAAGAAGGCCACACAAGGUUUGUUGUGGUUAUGUCGUGGUUUGGAAUUCACUGCUGCUGCCAUGAGAGAAGCAGUUGAUGAUCCUUCAAAGGAGUUGGCUAAGUCUUUCACCAAUGGGUACUCUAAGACUUUGUCCAAACAUCACGGGAUAUUGAUCAGACCUGUGUUCAAGCUUGCUAUGAGUGCUUGUCCUUACAGAAAGGAUUUCUUUGAAAAGUUGGGUAGUGAUCAAGAAAAGGUUAACGCACAAUUAAAGGACUGGUUAGAAGCUUUAGAGAAGAUUGUCAAGAUCAUUAUGGACUUUUUUGCAUCUGGCAACUACGGUAAGGGUUUGUAA